GAGGCAGGCUUUGUUUUGGUAUAUACUAAUUCAUAAUUUACUUAAAAAAUAAUUAAUAAUGACUGAAAACCAUAGUUAUUUUAAUUCUGAUAUGAAGAUAAUGUGUCGGGGCUGUCUUCAGGUAGAAGGAGCAGUUUAUCCAAUGACUGCAAUGGAAAAAACUACGUAUCGAAAUCUCGUAGAAAAGGCGUCCGUUCUGGAGGACAACAUGAAUCUAUGUCUGGUAUGCAAAUGGUUGCUUGACAAGUGUAUGAGAUUCUCUCAACAGUGUCAGAGAGCUAAUGAGAUGUUCAACAGUGCUGGUCAUGAGGACAUAAAAUCUAACUACUACGUCUCACGCAUAUGCACCUACAAUAUAACAACUUCUAACACCGUGACUCAGUAUUACGGGCCAGAGUUCAGUGAUCACUGCAACGAUGGUGAUGAGGCAAUGCUAGACCAUGCGGGUGAUGAUGAUGAUGAUGAACUACCGCUGGUGAUGUUGCAGGAUGAUUAUAAGAAUAAGAGGAGAAAGUCUGAUGGUUAUGAGCCACCACCAGAAAUAGAAAUAAAGUUAGAACCAGAUGUAAUAAAGCAGGAACUCACAGAAGAAUCUUCUGACAAGGUCAGAAGUAAGAAGAAGAAGGUUUUGAGAGAAGGCUUCUCUUCUCGCAUGGUGCAGGAGACUGAUGAAUAUAUAGUUAUUAAGCUCACUAAAGAACAGGUUAUAGCCGAAUUACAAGAGAAGGCGAAAGAGCAGUCGUAUCUAAGAGCACCGUACAAAUGUCACAAAUGUGUCAAGGGGUUCAACUUCGAAGAUGUGCUGCAGACACAUAUGGAAAAACAUUCCUUGGAGCACGGCACAUACGAGUGUGAGAUCUGCUCGCAAUACUGUCCCAGCCCCGUCUCACUGAGAGGACACAUCAAAUCACAUACUACUAGAUAUAAGUGCAAGCUCUGCGGCGUGGUCCGUCUCUCGCGACAGCAUCUACUCGAGCACCACGCCAUCUCUCACACCGCUCGACCCACCGCGUACUCCUGCCACAAGUGUCAUUUCACUACCAACAAACGCACAGUAAUACAGCGCCACGUAAAAACACACGACAACAGCGAACGUCAUGCGUGUCACCGCUGCGGCAAACUGUUUAAUACUAUCGAGUCCCUGCGAGUGCAUACCAUCCGUCACGACAAAUCCAAGCGUCUGCAAUGUCCGCAAUGCAGCAAACAGUUUAUAUAUCCGUCAUUACUACACAAACACAUUCAAUGCGUUCACGAACGAGAGGACUACUACUGCGUCGAGUGUGACGUGAGGUUCAAAUCUCCGGAGAGUUUACGACUGCACUUCAAAAAGGCUAAAAGACAUCGGGACUCGUCAUCUUACAAAUACGAAUGUCCCCAGUGUCCGCGUCGGUUCGUAUCAGUGUCGUCGCUAUCAGUCCACCUGAGCGGCGGUCACGGCGCGCGGCGCCAGCACGCAUGCGCGGAGUGCCGCCGCCGCUAUAGCAGCCGCGACGCGUUACGCGCUCACACCGCGCGGCUGCACAAGCGAGCACCACAUAUAGCGACUCAAUAAACUUUUAAGCUUAA